AUGGAAAGGAUUGUAUGGAUCCUCAUCUCUCUCUCACUGUCUCUUCUCGCUACUCACGUCAGAUCUGAUUCCUCCGAUCACCGUUACGCCGACGGCGAUUCCGUUCCUCUCUACGCCAACAAAGUCGGUCCGUUUCACAAUCCCAGUGAAACGUAUCGUUACCUUGACCUUCCAUUCUGUGUAACAGGUCAUGAGAAAGAGAAGACCGAAGCGCUCGGCGAGGUUUUGAAUGGAGAUCGGCUUGUUAGUGCUCCGUAUGAACUUCAUUUUAAGAAGGAGAAAGACUCUAAUCUUGUUUGCAAGAAGAAGCUUACUAGGGAGGAAGUUGUGCAGUUCCGAGAAGCGGUUAAGAAGGAUUAUUAUUUCCAAAUGUAUUACGAUGACUUGCCUAUUUGGGGAUUUAUUGGUACUGUUGACAAAGAAGGAAAGAGUGAUCCGAGCGAGUAUAAGUAUUUUCUUUAUAAGCAUAUUCAGUUUGAUGUUUUGUAUAAUAAGGAUCGCGUGAUUGAGAUCAGUGCUCGUAUGGAUCCUCAUUCUGUGGUGGAUGUGACGGAGGAUAAGGAAGUUGAUGUUGAGUUUAUGUAUACUGUGAAAUGGAAGGAAACAGAGAUUCCUUUUGAGAAGAGAAUGGAGAAAUACUCACAAUCUUCUUCUCUCCCGCAUCACUUGGAGAUUCACUGGUUCUCUAUUAUAAACUCGUGUGUAACAGUUCUUCUUUUGACUGGUUUCCUGGCAACCAUUCUCAUGCGUGUCUUGAAGAAUGAUUUUAUGAAAUAUGCUCAAGACGAGGAAGCUGCUGAUGAUCAAGAGGAGACAGGAUGGAAGUACAUUCAUGGGGAUGUUUUCCGGUUUCCUAAGUACAAGUCCAUAUUCGCAGCUGCGCUUGGUUCUGGCACUCAGUUAUUCACUCUCACAAUCUUCAUUUUUAUGCUUGCACUGGUUGGUGUAUUCUAUCCCUACAACCGAGGAGCUUUAUUUACUGCACUGGUGGUUAUAUAUGCUCUCACAUCUGGCAUUGCUGGCUAUACUGCUACUUCCUUCUAUAUUCAACUUGAAGGGACUAAUUGGGUUAGAAACUUAUUGCUGACAGGAUGCCUCUUCUGUGGCCCUCUUUUCCUUAUGUUUUGCUUCCUUAACACAGUUGCAAUUGCCUAUAGUGCAACUGCUGCCCUUCCUUUUGGCACAAUUUGUGUGAUAGUCCUAAUAUGGACGCUUGUAACUUCGCCAUUACUUGUGUUGGGUGGCAUUGCAGGUAAAAAUAGUAAAACAGAGUUUCAAGCACCUGUCCGCACUACAAAAUAUCCCCGAGAAAUUCCACCUCUGCCUUGGUACCGAAGCACCCUUCCACAGAUGGCAAUGGCAGGAUUUCUCCCUUUCAGUGCCAUCUACAUAGAGUUGUACUACAUUUUUGCUAGUGUGUGGGGCCACAGGAUUUAUACUAUCUACAGCAUACUCUUCAUCGUCUUUAUUAUUCUGUUGAUUGUCACUGCUUUCAUUACUGUGGCUUUGACAUACUUUCAACUUGCUGCGGAAGAUCAUGAAUGGUGGUGGAGGUCUUUUCUGUGUGGUGGAUCAACCGGCUUAUUUAUCUAUGGCUACUGCUUGUAUUAUUACUAUGCACGGUCAGAUAUGUCUGGUUUUAUGCAAACUUCGUUCUUCUUCGGUUACAUGUCUUGCAUCUGCUAUGGCUUCUUUCUCAUGCUCGGUAGCGUAGGUUUCCGUGCUUCCUUGCUCUUUGUCCGCCACAUAUACAGUAUAGAUCCACCAAUUGCUGCUUCUAUGAGUGACACAACACGCAAUACAACGCCGCCUCUGCCACUAACCGUGGUUCCAUCUUCUUCUGCUGAUACAACAAUUCAUUUCGGGCAUAUUCCAUAUUUUCCAAAUAGAUGUGCAAAGCAGCUGAGAACUCAACUGAUUCUUGCCCUUCAGGCAACUCAACGACCAGUCAUUAACUUCCAUAUAAGGUGGGAUGUGGUAUCCCAUUGGGGAGGAAAAGCAUGUCAUUUUUGCAAAAUCACAAUGCAUAAAAAGGACACGCACAAGACUGAGAGGCUUGAAAUCGGAUGUGACAGGAAGCCAAUUAUCUACCUACAUACGCAUUUUCUCCCUAUUGCCAAUUCUCCUAUGGGCACCCCUAGGCACUACUUCCUUCGCACCGAGGAUACUCCUCCCAGCGUAACUCAAGCUGAAACCAAGAGAGGCAUCAACAAAGGAGUUUUGAGGAUAGUAUCUGCCUUUGAGCACCUUCCCUAA